AUGGCUAAUAAUGAUAAUGAUAAUAUAAUGAGUGAAUUUAUGAACUUAGAUAUUUGUUUAGAGGAUAAUAAUCAUGUUGGAGCACUUGCAGCAUUGGCUAAAAUUAUAAAUUACAGGAAAAAAAACCUUCACAAAGAUAAUGCUGUUGAAAAAAAACAGGUCGUUUAUUAUGUGAUGAAACGAAUAUAUUUUAAUUUUGAAAAUGGUCAUUAUAAAGGUAAGUUUGAAAUAAAAAAAAAACAAGAAUUCCAAAAUUAA